AUGACGAACCCGCCGUCGGUAGCCUCGCAGGGCUCGGGAGGGGCGCAGACGUAUCCGAAGGGCAUCCUUAAGAAGAGUGUCCAGGCUGCCUUUGAAGACCCAUCUGACCGUGGCUUCGGCCCUGUUGGCUAUCAGUCCAAGGUCCGUGUCAUCGACCGGUACAAGGUCAUCGGCUUCAUCAGCAGUGGAACCUAUGGCCGCGUCUACAAGGCCGUGGGCCGCCAGGGCCAGCCGGGCGAGUUCGCCAUCAAGAAGUUCAAGCCGGACAAGGAGGGCGAGGUGGUGACCUACACGGGCAUCUCGCAGUCGGCGGUCCGCGAGAUGGCCCUGUGCUCCGAGCUGUCCCACCCCAACGUCAUCAAGCUGCACGAGAUCAUCCUCGAGGACAAGUGCAUCUUCAUGGUCUUCGAGUACGCCGAGCACGACCUCCUGCAGAUCAUCCACCACCACACGCAGCAGCCGCGGCACCCCAUCCCGCCCGCCACCAUCAAGUCCAUCAUGUUCCAGCUGCUCAACGGCUGCCAGUACCUGCACGCCAACUGGGUCCUGCACCGCGACCUCAAGCCCGCCAACAUCAUGGUCACCUCGGCCGGCGAGGUCAAGAUCGGCGACCUCGGCCUGGCCCGCAUGUUCCAGAAGCCCCUCCACAGCCUCUACAGCGGCGAUAAGGUCGUCGUCACCAUCUGGUACCGCGCCCCGGAGCUGCUUCUGGGCAGCAGGCACUACACCCCGGCCAUCGACAUGUGGGCCCUGGGCUGCAUCUUUGCCGAGCUGCUGAGCCUGCGGCCCAUCUUCAAGGGCGAGGAGGCCAAGAUGGACUCCAAGAAGACGGUGCCCUUCCAGCGCAACCAGAUGCAGAAGAUCGUCGACAUCAUGGGCCUCCCGACCAAGGAGCGCUGGCCCCUGCUGGUGCACAUGCCCGAGUACGGCUCGCUGUCGCAGCUGCAGCCGCCCAUGACCCACCACGGCGGCGGCAGGGGCCACCACGGCUCCCACCACCACCACCACCACCACUCGCAGCAGCAGCCCGCGGGGAGCCAGCUGGACAAGUGGUACAACGGGACCAUCACCACCAGCACGGGGACGUCGGCGCCCAACGGCGGGCCGAGCUCGCUGGCGUCGCUGGGGCAGGAGGGCUACAAGCUGCUGGCGGGCCUGCUCGAGUACGACCCGGAGCGCCGCCUCACCGCCGCCCAGGCCCUGCAGCACCCCUUCUUCGCCACGGGGCCCGACAAGGUCAGCGCCAACUGCUUCGAGGGCCUCAAGGUCGAGUACCCCCACCGCCGCGUCAGCCAGGACGACAACGACAUCCGCACCUCGAGCCUGCCCGGCACCAAGCGCAGCGGCCUGCCCGACGACUCGCUCGUCCGCCCCGGCAAGAGGGUCAAGCAGGAUGGCUAG